UAAGACUCAGGCCAAGGUGUCCACCGGAGAGCAUGGUAGUACUGCCAGUGCUGGGCCUGGUGCUGAGCCUUGCCGCUGCACAGUUCAACCAGGAAGUGGUCGUGCAGAGGAACUUCAACAUGGCCAGGAUUUCCGGGAACUGGUACUCUGUUUCUAUGGCCUCGGACAACGUGACGCGCAUUGAAGAAAACGGAGACCUGAGGAUCUUCAUGCGGAGCAUCCAUCUCUUAAAGAACGGCAGCCUGAAGUUUGACUUCCUCUUCAUGGUGCAAGGAGAAUGUGUAGCUGUGGCCAUGGUUUGUGAAAAGACAGCGAAUAACGGGGAGUUCACUGUUGCCUAUGAGGGGGAAAACAAGGUGUUUCUCUUGGAGACCGACUACAGGAUGUAUGCCACCUUCUACAUGGAGAACAUCAAGAAUGGGACUAAGACCCAUGUGCUGGCGCUCUAUGGAUACAUCUCAGCGCUUGACAGGUCUUACCUGAAAAGAUUUGUAAAGAUCUGCAAAAAAUAUGGUCUGGAUUCACAAAAUAUUAUCAGCUUGAUAAACAAAGAUAAGUGCUACGAUGGCCCAUUGAGGAACUAGUCAGGCCUUCUGCUUGCGGCCCAGAGACCUGAGAUCCAGGCAUUGCGGAGCCAGCACUGGGCACCCUGAUGCCGGCCUGUGGUCACAUCUCCCUAAUCUCUGCCUCUGUCUUCACAUGACCUUCUGUGACUGCAUCUCCUUCUCCUCCACCGUUAGAUUUAAGCCACCCAGGCAUCCUAACCAAUCUCACCUGAUGUCUGAAGACUCUUGCCAAAUAAAAUCUCUCCUUUGGUCUCAGCGUGAAGACAGGCCACCUGUAUGGGGAUAUAGCACUUGGCACUUCGGGUUCCUUUUUUGGGAGUGGCCUCCAUGGUAGCAAAGACCACCCUCAGAGCACCCCAGAGACUGGCACCAGAGUCGCCUCUUAAAGGGCACAAGCCCAUGGAGACAGGGAGCCUGUAAGGCCUGGUGGUCUUCCGAUGGACUGAGUCCCUGUCUGACCAGCUCUGGGACUAGACUCCCCAGGGGAUUAGUCCACGUAUUGGUGAACACACAAGAGACAGCAGUGAAGCCAUGGUGGUUUGUGGGCUGACAGUGACCCUACUGGGCAUGUGACAGAGAGACGUGAAAGCUGUGCCCACGCAGGUGGCGCUGCACAGAGAGACGUGAAAGCUGUGCCCACGCAGGUGGCGCUGCACAGGUGCUCACGGCAGCUUCCUUCGUGACCUCAGCCUGCAACAGGUGACAGACAGCCUGCAGCAAGCCGGGGGCUUGGGUCAGCGUGAAAAAGAACAGUGGCAAAACUGUAGGAAAGGGGACAGAUUAGAGGACAGAGAGUCAGGAGAGAGAAGCAAACGUGGCUAUAAAAGGGCAGCAAUGUGGCCCCAGCAGUGCUAAGCAGUUCUGUCACUGAAGGACACAGGCCGUGGGUUCACAGCUCUGCGCAACGGAUAGAAUGCUCAGCACCAAACACACACAUGCACACACAUUCACACAGGCAAACAUGCUCAUAUAUACAUACAUAACACGCUCACUCACAUAUAUACAUGCUCACAGGCACAUGCAUGUUCACACCAGCAAACAUACUCACAUAUGUACACAUGUAUGUACAUGCACACACAUUCACACAUUCUUACUCAUUGCACACACUCACCCCUCAAUCGCCUUUCAGGGCUGGAAUGACCAACCUGUGUCUUCUGGGACUUGAGCUUGUUGUUGACAAGGGUUACCAUGGGGGUGGCUGGGCAAUACUGGGGACCACCCUGAAUUCCUUCUCAUGAUGGCAUGUGAAUCCCAAUCGUCUCCAAAUAAAAAGUUAAAAUGACAA